AUAUGUACGUUUGUGGAUACGUUUUCGACGGUCUGAAGUCGAUCCAAUUUUUCGGUUUGGUUCCAAGUUCAAGGAGCAUUCCCGUUCGAAAUCGUCUAGUAAAUCAAACACAACACGGCUAAUUGGCUGCUAAGUAAUUCCCCGUACAGAUGUUUUUAUGCAGUUUAGUGGUUCGUCAGCUGGCACAGAUUUGGGAUUCCAUUUUUUCGCGAUUCGCAAUCGCAUUUGGCAGCCAACGCACGACUAAAUCCACUGCCAGAAUCCCCAUAUUACCACCUGUCUGUGCGCCUCUUUCUCUGCUUUCUCCCUUUCUCUGUCGGCAUUUCUCUUUGUCAUGUCUGUGUCCCCCAUUUCAUAAUUAUUUGGUGUGCACGGCUUUUGCUUUUGUUCUGUGCUCGGUGUUUUUUCGGUCUUGCCCGCCACACCACCUACAUACGAUGGGAAAUCGGGCGAACUCAGACACGGAAAAUAUGGCAAAAAAUGGGUCGGAAAAAAGCUAUCAUCCCAGCUGUAUCGCUGAAAUGUCAAUGGUGCAAUUAAAGAGAAAUACGAGUUUUUCAAAGAACAAAAAGUGUUUUUAUAACGUUGUGUGAUUUAAUACUUGCCUACACAACUCUAAAAAUGUUGAUCUGCUGCAUGGAUAACUGCGAAUUCAACAAUAUAAUCAGUAGUGACGAUGAGAAUGUUAGGUGCUGGCUCUGUGACGAAUAUGCCCAUAUCAAGUGCGCAGGCAUAUCUGAAAAUAUACUGGACCUAAUGGAAAUGAAAAGUGGUCUCAAAUGGUCCUGUGAAGACUGCAGAGUGAUAAAGUCCCAAAUGGGAAGGUAUAUGAGGCAAACACGAAUGGAAAUCAGUGAGCUCUUCAGCGAAGUUCGAGCUGUUCAUGAAAAGUAUUUGAAAUUGGAAUCUGCCUUUUCAUCUCAUUUACUAGGUUGUCAGAUGUCUUCUGUUUCUGGGGACACUGUUUCGCAGCCAGUGAAACAAGAUAAAUCGAAUUCUGGGGAUACUGUUACUGAGGAGAAAAUUAAAUUUGCGGAGACAUUAGAUGUCGCACAUUCUGGAUAUGCUACUGUGAAGGAGCCUUCGGUUAAUAACUGGCAUCAAAAUUCGGCUCCUGUGGCACUACCCAUUAUACCUAUCCCUGAUAUCCUGAGAGCGGUUCCUCCAAUGAAGGCUGUCUUCGUCUCCAGGCUUACCACAUCAACUACUGAGGACGCCCUUAAACACUACAUAGUUGCAAAACUUUCUUAUCCCGAUCCCGAUGACAUAGUUGUUAGAAAAAUAUAUAAUAAACAGAGACGAAAGAUUUCAUCGUUUAAGGUCCUGGCACCUGAUCUCAUAUAUAACAGGAUCUUAAGUCCUGAAUUCUGGCCAGAUCAUAUUGUUGUGCAUGAGUUCCAAAAAAAACAUGAUCUUAAAACAAAUAAUUUGUAAUCCCAAUAUAUUUUUUGU